AUGGUGAAGGCGUUAGAGGAUGCAGAUGAAUGGGAGCAGCGAAAUGGGAAUGAUUUAGUACCUAAUGGCCACCCUGCACCGAGAAGGAAUGAAGAUGUUAAGUGGGAACCUCCCCCGAGAGAGUGGGUUAAAUGUAAUACAGAUGGAGCCUGGAGUGGAGAAGAUACAACGGGUGGAACAGGGUGGGUCCUUCGUAGUGAACGUGGAGAUGUACUGUGGAUGGGAGCACAGGCCAUUAGAUGUGCAAGAUCAGCAAUGGAGGUAGAGAUGGAAGCAAUGCGAGGGGCAAUAAGCUCAAUGAACCAUUUGGGUUAUACAAGGAUCAUCUUUGAAUCGGAUUCUCUGGGCUUGGUUAAUUUGUUAAACAGUGAGGAAAUUUGGCCAGCAUAUGCUCCCCUUCUCUACGAUAUAAAAGGUCUGCUCUCGUCUCUGCAAGAAUUCAAAAUUGUGUAUGCUUCAAGAGUCUGUAAUUGUGUGGCUGACCGAGUAGCAAGGGAAUCUCUCUCCUUUGGGAGUUAUGAUCCUAAGUUAUACUCGACAAUGCCUUUAUGGGUUAAGCAAUUUGUAAUGGUGGAUAAACAGAGUGUAAUCUGUUAG